AUGUAUAAAUCGCCAUGUAGUCGUUUUUCAGGUUUGGUUGGUGCUAGUCUGAGGCAGAGACUACUUCAAAUUGUCCCACGAUGCCACCACAGUACUCGGACUAUCAUUAAGCUUUACAGAAGAGACUCAUCAGACUGGCUCACGUACCAGCACCUCAACUUUCUCAGACGACAGUAUGUCACAAAGAACAGAAAUGGGUUGCGCCAACGUGCUUCCCCAAAAGAGCAGCCAUCACUGACGGGGCUGGAGGAGGCCGAGGAGACCGUGGAGCGACAGGUGCAAAGGAUCCCGACCAUCGGCCUGGAGCAGCAGGAGUUGACCACCGAAGCCUCCACUGUGAACGCGUCACAGAGUAAUGCAGUCACUCCAGACGCCGCCGCUGAUGAAGACGAAACGCCACACAUCCAGCAGGAGACGGAGCUGUCCAAAGUGGCACGCCUCGAUAGACAGUGGAAAGAGCUGAAGGUGGAACUGAGCGAUCUCCCAGACGUGUAUGCACGACUGGCCAAGAUUAAACUCACAGCCCUGGUGGUUAUGACCGCUGCAGCAGGAUACGCAAUGGCCCCAGUGCCCUUCGACCCGCUCUUCUUCUUUGUCUCGUCUCUGGGAACAGGCCUCGCUUCCUGCUCUGCCAACGCCAUCAACCAGUACUUUGAGGUCCCGUUCGACUCCAACAUGAACCGCACCAAGAACCGCCCACUGGUGCGAGGACAGAUCAGCCCGCUCCACGCCGUCUCCUUCGCCGCGGCUUGUGGCGUCUCCGGCGUGGCCCUGCUCGCUCUGACCGUGAACCCGCUCACCGGCUUCCUGGGCGCCCUCAACAUCCUCCUGUACACCUGCUGCUACACGCCGCUAAAGAGACUCAGCAUCAUCAACACCUGGGUGGGGGCCGUGGUGGGCGCCAUCCCCCCGGUCAUGGGCUGGACCGCGGCCACUGGAGCCCUGGAGCCCGGUGCUUUGUUGCUGGGUGCCUUCUUGUUCAGCUGGCAGUUCCCCCACUUCAACGCCCUCAGCUGGAACCUGCGCGAGGACUACUCCAGAGGGGGCUACCGCAUGAUGUCCGUCACCCACCCGGCCCUGUGCAGGCGGGUGGCUCUACGGCACAGCCUGGGGCUCAUCGGGCUGUCGACAGUGGCCCCCGUCCUGGACCUGACCACGUGGACUUUCCCCCUGGUCUCCCUGCCCAUUAACCUGUACAUUAGCUUCCUGGCCUUCCGCUUCUAUCGCCAAGGAGACCGCAGCAGUGCACGCAAGCUGUUCUUCUGCAGCCUGUGGCACCUGCCCAUGCUGCUGCUGCUGGCGCUCACGUGUAAGAAGCCGCGAAGAGACCGCGACGCCCCCGCUCCAGAGGCCGCGGCUCUCCCCGUGUGA